CGUAUAAUACACUGCGCGCUCUUCUGUCAACCUACACUCUGUGUUUGGUGCUAGAUCGGUUCGCAGUGUCGGCGGUUAUUACGGACAUACGACGACCGAGCUCUUCCUAACUUGUACAUAUUACAAGUAUAUCUCUAUUUCGUUCUCUAUUUUCACGUGAAGCGAAAAAAACAAAUAAAUAAACAUGUGUGACGAGGAAGUUGCCGCACUCGUUGUUGAUAAUGGAUCUGGUAUGUGUAAAGCUGGUUUCGCUGGAGAUGAUGCACCCCGUGCUGUCUUCCCAUCCAUUGUCGGCAGACCACGCCACCAGGGUGUCAUGGUAGGCAUGGGACAGAAAGAUUCGUACGUCGGAGAUGAAGCUCAAUCGAAGAGAGGUAUCUUAACAUUGAAAUACCCGAUUGAACACGGAAUCGUCACCAACUGGGAUGAUAUGGAAAAAAUCUGGCAUCACACUUUCUACAACGAACUUCGAGUUGCACCUGAGGAACACCCUGUUCUCCUCACGGAAGCUCCAUUGAACCCUAAGGCGAAUCGCGAAAAGAUGACGCAAAUCAUGUUUGAGACGUUCAAUACACCAGCUAUGUACGUCGCUAUUCAGGCCGUACUGUCUCUAUACGCUUCCGGUCGUACUACUGGUAUUGUCUUAGAUUCCGGCGAUGGUGUAUCUCACACCGUACCGAUCUACGAAGGAUAUGCUUUACCACAUGCUAUCCUUCGUCUCGACUUGGCUGGUCGUGAUCUUACUGACUACCUCAUGAAGAUCCUUACCGAAAGAGGAUACUCCUUCACCACCACGGCCGAGCGUGAAAUCGUACGAGACAUCAAGGAGAAACUCUGCUACGUCGCUUUAGACUUUGAGCAAGAAAUGGCAACUGCUGCUUCGUCAUCGAGCUUAGAAAAGAGCUAUGAACUUCCUGACGGUCAGGUGAUCACUAUUGGUAACGAAAGAUUCCGUUGUCCCGAGGCUCUCUUCCAACCAUCGUUCUUGGGUAUGGAAGCUUGCGGAAUACAUGAGACCACUUACAAUUCGAUCAUGAAGUGCGACGUCGAUAUUCGUAAGGAUCUCUAUGCGAACACCGUCUUGUCUGGUGGUACCACCAUGUAUCCAGGUAUUGCUGAUAGAAUGCAGAAGGAGAUCACUGCCUUGGCUCCCUCUACCAUGAAGAUCAAGAUUAUCGCACCACCUGAAAGGAAAUAUUCUGUAUGGAUUGGUGGAUCUAUUCUCGCGUCGCUAUCAACCUUCCAGCAAAUGUGGAUCUCUAAACAAGAGUAUGACGAGUCUGGACCGUCUAUCGUUCACAGGAAGUGCUUCUAAACGCAUUUGAUAUUCCUUUUCCCAUACUAUCAUUCCCCGAAGUCCCGAUAUGCGCGGGAUCGUAGUGCGGUGAACGGCCCUUCGCGCCCCCGAGUUAAUAUCUCGAGGUUCACUACACUACCAGCAGCGUGGUGGGUGGCCUCGCGCGAUGCAAUGGAAGUAAGUUAUGACCUUUGCUUGCGUUAUUAAAAGGAAAGGAAAAGCGUUCGUUUCGACGACGAUCGGUUAGCUUGCUCGUUAUCCUAAGAUGCGAGAGAAUCUUUUUCAAGUUCUAAUUUUUUUUGGUUAUUUUCCAAUUCUCUCUCUCUCCCCCUCCCCCCUCUCUCUCUCUCUCGAUCACGUCUGACGGGCUCUCUCAUCUGUCGUCGUCGAAAGGAACGGCCCUUUUAAUAAUACGCGGUCACAGUAUUAUAAUUUAUUUCUAUUGUCUUGUGCAAGACCACGCACGACACAGACGAACACACGUUACGAAUACAUACGUACUAUACGCAUACUACAAUCACAAACACAUACACACACUCUUCACAUACAUCUUAAAGACUACUUUAGACUUAUGGUAUUAUAAAAUAAAACUCUUAAAAACACGAUCAACUUGGACUCUUGUGUCUUUUAAGAUCAGUUAUUAUUAUCCAGAUCCUUUCAAUCGAAAUGCAUCCCUAUGAAAGAAAGAAAGAAAAAGAAAAGAGAACCUUCGUCGUCACACCUUGCACUACGAUGAUGCAUAGAGAGAAACUUGUGCGUGCGAAAUUUAUCACCAUGCUUCGGUUUCAUGAUAAUCAAUUAAUCUCAUCGAAUCACGCGAAUCCUUUUUAUACAUAAUUGUAGCUUUUGUACCGUUUGACGUCGUUGAUUGUAACGUAAGAUUUGUGGUGAGGAAAGAAAAAGAAACGAGAAAUAGGAAAAGGAUAGAAAAACAAAAAAAAA